UUUGUUUCGAGCACUCUGUCAGGGAUUAUUUUAUACACGACGUUCAGCCAUGGCGCGUCGCGGCUUCUUCCGGUUAGUGUUCCUCUCAGCGGGUUUUAUUCUCAAAGCUGCUGGUGACCUCCUGGUGCUUCAGCCCUCUAGCCUGGUGGUGGAAUAUGGCACUCAAGCCUCAGCUAACUGCUCCACUACCUCCAGCCAUAAAGGAAUAGGCUGGGAAGCCUCACAGGGAGCAGUGGAUAUGGUACAAACCGUCCAGCACCUUACGUGGACAGUGCAGAACCUUAUACACUGGGAUAUAAAGCCACUGUGCUACAUGAACUUGGCAGACGGGGAGCAAAUUGAAAAGGUUCUCCCGGUUACUAUUUACAAGCUUCCAGACACAUUGUCCGUCAGUGUGAAGAAUUGCUCAAGAACAAUAAUUGAGGGGGAAACCUGCUUGCUUCAGUGUUACAUUCAAAAUGUUGCUCCUGUUCAGUACCUUAAAGUCAUGUGGUACAGUCAACAGUUUCUUAUGACGAAUCACUCCUUUGAUGAAACCGCCAUCAAACCAGUGAACAAAAUUGUAAACCUCCUGAUCCAGCCCAGCAGAAAUGAUGAUGGAGCCGAGUAUUGGUGUGAGGCAAAGCUGGAACUGCGCCCAGAAGGACUACAGCCUCGUCUUAGAAAGAAAUCGGAACGUCUCAGUAUUGCAGUACACUACAAGCCAGUGUUCUUUAAUGAUACAGAGCAGAAAAUCCUAGAAAUAGGAAAUGAAGAGAUCAUCUUAAACUGUACUACCAGAGCAAACCCUCCUUCUGAGUACACCUGGAAUGUGACACCUGGAAUGGAAAAAAAUGAACUUAAUUUAUCGUCCCCAUCAUUGCCCGUUUCUCAGCCGGGAAACUACACUUGCACUGCGUCAAACCGUCACGGCAAGGCAAAGAAACUGUUCGUCGUCACCAAACAUCAUGACUGGACCACUUUCUGGACUAUUUUGACGGUUGGAUUACUCCUAGCUGCUGUUCUGCUGAUUACAGGUUGCAUAGUUUUCAAAAAGAAAAGGUCUGUGAAUCACAGAAAGACACCGUCUUCAGCAGGACAGCCAAAGGAAGGAAGAGAGUCAGUUCCUUUGAAAUAAGUUACAUUACUUUUGUCACUGGUGAUGUUGAUGCACUGUUUUAUACAUACUGAUGCUAAUUCUGAUACAGCAUUGCGUGGCAAAGAGAUCAACUUAUUUGUACAUUUUUUUUAUGUGCUGUAAAUGCCAGAACGGAGAUUGCCCAAGGUUUAGAAUUGUCAGAAGAGUAAGACUGGGGUUAAUCUGGCUGUGAAGCCUUCACUCUCAUUUGCAUUCAGUUCUAAAUUUAAUCUUCCCCCUUUUUUGGUUUUGGUUCACAUUCCGAUUUUAAUACAUAAUUAAGCAAUAUCACGCGAGCAGGAGGGCCAUUGUAGGGAAAAUCAGCACGGCUGUGAUUCGCAGUCGUGAAGCCGCAGUUUGCAACUGUGAAAUUGCUUUUAGACAAAGCAGGAAAUGAAUAAGAAAUUAACCGAAAUUUUAACACAAAAUAUGGCCAAUGAAAAUAUUUCCCAAAGAAGCCACAACUGGAUAGAGUGUUGCCACGGUAACACACAAACUGACCGACAGCCCGUCGUACCUGUAGUAACGGUUGCGACGUAACGAACCAUGAACACGGACGAGCGGGGUUAGGCACAUACAUCUCUACAUCUUGGUUGGUACAAUCUAGCGUUACGUUUCUGUAUUAUUUAGCACAAUGUGAAUAUACAGUGGAAAUAUGUGAUUAUAUACAGUAUGUUUAUAUAUGUUUUGUUUUAUACGCGUUACUGCUGAUGGGCUGAAUUCACCAGGGAAAUGGCAGUAAAAGAAGGAAUCUCUAUGACCCUAUCUGGCAGACUGAAACAAACCACUGUCGAUGAGAAGAUCCCAACGCUCACUGAUAAGUGACUCUGUGAAAAUGAUUUGGACACUUAAGCCACACUUAAAAACUUACGACUUUUUGACUGCGUUAGAAAACAAGAUGUCAAACCAACGUGGCGUUGAAUUUAAAGAUCGAUAGCUAGCACUAGCAUGCUUUUCGAGCAAAAAAAUAGGUCUUAUGUUUCUGAUUAUAAUAUAGCUGACUAACACCACUGUAGGAAAAUCAGCCCUGGCGUCCUGUGUGCUUUAUAAAUACCCUCAGUGCAGUUUGAUUGCAAACACUUCACACAAACUCUUUUUUUUCCCCUCUUUUUAUUCAACUGAAAACUAAACCAGUUCUUCAGAAGCUGCUGUCUUUCUGUGCAUGCUCUUUUGCAGAUUUCACCCGUGCUUUCUUGAUGAAUGGUUUCCGCUCCAUUACUCUCUCUCUGUACCCAUGAUGUCGUUUUGAAGAUUUUGUGCGCUAGUUGUAUAUCUGCUAAUUCCCACUGAACUCCGAAGCACACCUUGCUCCUGUUUUUGCCUAUUUUUCUUUCUUGAUUUUACUGACAAUUAUCCUGCCCAGUCUGCUGGUGUGUUUUUUUCUGAGUCUGCCUACAUGAUGUCCGUUUUCAUUCAGAAGUCCUUCCUCUUUGAACAUUUUUUUUUUUUGUGAAAAGAGGGAGCGAUGAUGCUAGAACUUUUGUCAAAACUUCCUUCCCUGUUCUUUAACCAGCUGAUCUCGAGGUCAUUCGGGGCCACUGUAUGUUUACUUAUUUCAGAUUUUACAGUAUCAAAUGAACACAAGCUGUUAUGCAUAAAUCACGCCUGUUCUUUGUAAAAAACAAACAACAUAGAUUUUUUUUUAAAUCGUCUGGUCACAAGUGAGGUUUGCUCCUCUCUCAUUCUGCAGGAUCACUGUUCGAGUCCGUGAAUCUUUUAGGUUGUGAUUAAUAUUCACUCCUCUAUCAGUUAGCGGGUCGACGUGUCGGGUGUAGUUUUACCCCAAGCCGGAGAUUUAAUUUUGAUAAGUGGGUCUCAAGUAGCAGGCAUGGUAUAUGUAGCCUAUGUUUUGUUGUUUAUACUUGAUUUUGUGUCAGAAACAAAUUCACUGAAGUACUGUAAAAAUAUGUUCAGUGGUCUUAAUAUUGGGAUAAAAAGAUAUCUGUAUGCCGUGUAUGUGUGCUUAAUAAAUAUUCUGUUUUGCUAA